AUGGGGCCAUUCACUGUCUCACGUGGGUCUGCAACCCCCCAUGAGGAUGUGAAACCAGAGGUCGCUGAAUUGGACGCGACGCUGGCGCUUCAAUCCCCACAGUUGCGCCACAAUGAACGCCACCAGGAACCUCCUGUACCACAUUCAUACGAAAUUCCACUAGCUGGAAAUACCAUUGAAGACGAAACGGCGCGGCAAUACAUCUCGGAAUAUGAUAGACCUCCCGAUUUGGAUAUUAAGACCUACCAUGGGCAUAGCAGCCGGGAAUUCGAAGACUGGCUCUUCGAGUUGUCCUCCUAUUUCAAGGCAUAUUCAGUGUGGUUCUCGUACCCUCCACACAAAAUUCUCGCAGCAGCUUCACAUUUGUCCUCCGACCUACUGUACAAAUGGUCUAUCCAUGAGAGAGGAUGCACGACAACCACAUGGACGGGCUUCGAGAAAUGGUGCCGGGGCCUGGUCGAUACUCGAUCUGAUACCCAACGGUAUCUUGAUGCUUCGAAGGCUUUUUAUGGCAUGAGACAAAGACCUUCCGAAACGGUUCUCGAUUUCUUCUUCCGGGUCGACGCCUUUUGGUUUCGACUCGAGCACCCACCUAGGAAUGAUGAUGAAUUUCGGAAAGAGUUCUUAGGGCGUAAAGUCCUCAGGUCAAUCCGCGAUGAAGACGCCAAGUACUACCCCGACGACACCAUGUCAUAUAUGGAUUAUAUGGGCCACCUUCGCAGGAUCGAAGAUCGCCUACCAGCAAGACAAAGGGUAUUGCGCAAACGGCAAAACAUGCUGCGCAAAAAGUCCGCCAGAGCAAACACUAGUGCUCCCCGCGUACCACCCAACCGCAGCCUUCUCUGGCGUAUGUCACGUCCAGAUCCUGAAUCGCGUGUUCAAAGUGGCAAGCAGAAAACCAAGAAGGCCCGUGGACGCAAAAGGCGUCGGUACAGCGAUCCGGCUGGGGAGGAACUUGUUUUAUAG